AUGACUUCUGCUGAGAAACUGCCAUCAAGUCCAAACACGGAGCAAAACCAACCUUCUCAUCCGCCUCUCUGUGUAAAUCCUGGCAACCCAGUGUUCUCCUGUGUGCUGGACCCCAAAACACUCACGACCAAUGGUUCUUGGACAAAGCCUCAGGUUUUACUGUUUAAAACAACUUCAAGUGAAUAUGGUGCUAUACCACCUAUCUCACAGAUGUUACCCUGUACUUACCACCCAGUGGAUCAAACCUUCUCAAAAUACUUACUCACUUUUGGGACAUUUCAAGACAACGGUUUAAACACUGCUAUCGACAGAAGCAGGGUAUACGACUACCCCAAUUUCCAGCAUACUCUGUAA